AUGUUUGCUGAUGCUAAGCUACUAGGCAAGAUGAGUCUAGAUGACUGUCAUGCCCUUCAAGGUUACCUGGACGAGAAGUCUCUCCUCCAGCUGCCGUCCGCUGCCCGCCGCCCGCUGCCAGCCGCCCUCACUCACCACACCAUCAAACGACUGCUCGUCUCUUUCAGACAUUCCUUGGUGUUCCCUCAAGUGAAAACGAUAGAUUCACUGCCGGAGGAGCCCUCAAAUCUUGCCCAAGAUAUGAAAAGCAAGUUAGUGACGCCUGCGGGAGCUGCACGCAGGGGUCGCGAUCCUCAAAUGGCAACCGGGGAUGAUGAUGCAGACCCAAGGUAUUCCCCCGGGUCGGGUGAUAACCUGCUGGGGAACUCCCUCCUCCCCGGCAGUGCCCUCAACGGUUCCGGUUGGUGCAUAUUUGUUUAUAACCUAGCGCCCGAGACAGAAGAGAACAUCCUGUGGCAGCUUUUUGGACCCUUCGGUGCCGUGCAGAACGUGAAGGUUAUCCGCGACCUACAGACCAACAAGUGUAAGGGCUUUGGCUUCGUGACCAUGACCAACUACGACGAAGCUGUGGUCGCCAUCCAGUCUCUGAACGGCUACACGCUUGGCAACCGUGUUCUCCAAGUUUCGUUCAAGACCAAUAAGCACAAGAGUUAAGGUGGGCUGCUACUCGACGUCCGGACUGUGGUGGCGGUGCUGCAGCCCGGAGUGCCAGAGCUGUUGUCUCCUGAGGACACCAGCACAGGCGCUGCCCGCCACGUCACUCGUCUCCUCCCGGUGGCGGGUGUGGUCAACACGGCCCCCCCACGACGGCGUGGCCCACACCAUGGGGGUCAUGUGCUAGUCAGGUCCAGAGGACCCUGGGGUGUCCUACUCCGUAAUUGGCAGCAGUAAAAGCUGUAGCCGCAACAGCUAUGUCUGUAGCAGCCACAACAGGGGCCACCGGCGGCUGAGGUACACAGCAACCACCUCUAUGGCCCCCCUGCUACCCGGACUGGGCCCCCUCCCCCCUCCUCCUCCCCCCCUUCCCCCCCGCCGCACUACAUGUGAGGCGCCCUCGCGGGGAGGUCGUCCUGCGCCCGCCCCCCGCCAUCCAAAUAUAUGUAUAUUAGAACCGUACUUACUACAAACAAUUUAUCAAGUCAUAUGAUCUGAUUAUCCCAAAGCAGAACUAGUCGGCUAAGUGAGGAUUUAUCACAAGGUGCUAGUCGCACUAAGGCCAAUAGUGGACUCGAUUGAGAGCCACUCACCGCUGAUAUCAUUAAUACUGUAAGUUGUCAAGUUGUCGAGUCCUCAAAACCUUGUGUGAAUGGGUUUGCGCUGCUGGAAGUGGGUGUAGGCAGGCCCGUGACUGCGGGAGGUGUAGGUGUGUGCGCGCAUGUACCGUGCCCGCCCCUCGCCACCCUGCCUGCACACACACCUCUCGCGCUCUUAUUUAUUGAUAUUUAUCUGAUAUUUAAAGCUAAGUGUAUUUUUAUUGUCUUUACUAUUGUACACUUGAAAGAAAGGAGUGUAAUGGAAUUAUUUUGCCAGUCUGUGGAAAAUAGUUAGUAUUUUGUUUACCUUGUCAAAGGAAGAUAGUUUAGUAUUUUGUGUUUAUUACCUUGUCAAUAAUGAGCAGCAAUAGAAUCUCAAGUUUUGUUUUAGGUUGUGUUCUUGCUUGAAGUAAGGAAGCAAGUUUUCUAGUCUUUAUUUGAAGUCAAUUAUGUAUCGUAGGUUGAUUUUCCUAGGUGUAGUUUCACGUUUUCCGAUAAUUUCAAUGUGUAAAAGGUUAAUUUCUUGUCUUUUUAUGAUUGUUACAUUUUCUUUAUUUCUGUAUACACCAAAUGUCAUCACUAUUUUAGUUCUGAAUGGCUGGGAAAUAAAUUUAGUUUGUUUAUUUGAGUUUGCCUUUUUAUUUAGUUGACACUUUAUUUGGCCCCUUUUAGUUCCUCACUAACAUGUUGCACGGCGAAGCUUAACGCACGGAUCCUUUAGUUGUUGAGGUGUGUGUUUACAGCACCAACAUGUGCUGCUGCCGCCCCAGCCCUCCCCGUCACACCCGCCUCUGUCAAGGUAGAGAGGGGGCGGAUCCUUGCUGACACUUGCGGCUGUGAGGAGGGUAGCGGCUCGGUGGCAGCAUCCCCAUCCUUUGCUGCAACCCAUGUCCUUCGCCGUCUCCACCGCCCGCUGCCUGCCGCCCCGCCAGUGGUAGCAACAGGUGGAGAGACGUCCGCAAGGGCGUGGUGGGCACUUGGGCUUAUCAACAUUGCGUUGAGUUGGUCGUCUUGGUUUGCUUCUUGGGACUUCUGUUUUGGGUUUUUGAGGAUAAAACCGCGCAAGUUAAGCACACAAAGUACUGGUGGUCCUCGAGCAGGUGUCACAAUAAAGACUACUUAAUGAUCGACCCUUCUGUACUAAUCUGCUGUCAAGGUAAGGAUAAGGGAAACUUCCAUGCAAACCUAAAGAUUAUCUUGAGAAAAUGUGUCUAUUUUUGUACAGAAAUUUAGAUAAAGAACCCUAAUAACAUUCCUGCAUCAAUCGAUAUAAGUCAAUAAUAAUAAUGAUGAUGAUAAUUUAUAAUUAUUAUUAUUAUUAUUAUUAUUAUUCCUGCAUCAAUCGAUAUAAGUUAAGCAUAUGUAGAUGGCAGUGUUGUGAUUCGAGUUCCGAAUUUUGCAGUCUGAUUUUGAAUCUCACCCUUCGCGCACCCUAUUUGUAAGGGCGACUUUUCUGAAGCACAUCAGAUUAUUCAACCCUACAUUUCACUCAGUGUAAGAUGUGUAUGUACGGGUGAUAUUUUUCUACCGAGAUUGUAGUCUUCGGAACUCUUCUUUAUAUACCCGCCGAAGCACCCGUUAAGAACAGACACGGUGGUUCUUCUGUUCAUAGAGGGUUUUAACAAGUUUUAUCAGUUUUUUAUAUACAGUACCAAAGGCUAGUUGUCGGCACUUGUCUAUAAGAAUUAUGUCUGUGGGGGCUAUAAUUAUUAGGUGGUUGAAAGCCCUCUUGGGAAGGCCAAUAAUAAUAUACAUGUACCCAGUUUUAAACAUCAGGGAAGUAAGAAAAUAAAGUUUAAGCCAAAAAAUAUCUUAGGGUCUGAAAGGAAAAGGAUUGACGUAGAUGGGUGCCAUUGUUUUGGGUUUCUUGGUUGAAGCUUACAAAGGUUCUGGGAUGGUGUAGAAGCUGGUCUGUAGGCUGGACGUGUAGAUGGUAUGUAUUCUGGGGACUGUUGCCUAUGAGGUAAUUACAGUUGUUGUUAGGACUGUUGAAAAGUAGUUUGUGAAGGUAUUUUUAUGCUGAGAAUAUAUAUGAAAGAUUGCUAUCACCCCCGUUCAUAUUAUCCCUCUAUGAAUAAAUCAACGAAAUAGAUUAAUAUUGAUAAUGGUACUUCUUGUUGAAUAGAUUUGAUGUUAAUGAAGCGCAGGUGAACAGAUACAUUCCUCUUUCCGUCACAAAUAUUUGCGUUCUAGUCGACUGCCCCAAAGGUGACUCGCGCGAGGCUAGGCGGCGGUGCCACACGGGAUAGGUGGUGGUGGGUAGCGGCAACUAUCCCCCCAGCAGUGCCAUCCCUCACGGUGAUGGUGACGCUAGCCACCACCCCUGCCAACUCCCGCUCACUUGCUCUACUACUUAAAACUCAUGGGCCAAAUAGUAUAAAUUCCGGGCAAGGAAUAUGUCACAAAUCUUAAUAUUAAAAGCCUUUGCUCAGAGAACUGCAGGGAUAUUUUCAGUAAGCAACCUUUAAUGUUACUGAAUGUUAAAAUAUGGCGGUGUUUAUGGCUUGUGAGAGAAGAUAUGGCAGAGGUGGGCGUGAGAGAAGGCCCAAGGCUGGUGUAACCAUGCCAUGCCGCCCGCAGCACCCGCCCGUCGGCCACGCUGCCUCCCUCAAUACAUUUUUGCGGGAGUCAGUACCCACAGACUUUGGUUUCAGGAUUUAUUUAUUAAGAUGGUAAACACGUGUAUUGCAUGAUAAAUCCUAUACUCAGUGUAACCAAAGGUGCAUUAACAGUUGGAUCUCAGAAUAAUGUUCGUUCAAAGGAAAAGUUGGGCGCAGGUGUAAGUGUUGGAUGGUUGAUAGUUUACCUGCUCAGGCGGAGUGUUUGGCCAUGUGGGGCCACCCCCUCUUGGUUGAGGCACUGGCCUGGGCCAGUAAGGGGUGGCCUUCUGUCCACCACAGGACCGCGCCACAGAGUGAAGGACUUUACGGAUGCAAAUUCCUUGGUGCCGUCUGCUCCUAGCGGUGUCCCUUCACGGGGGUGGUAAUGCUACCGGCCCCGAGUGGUGGCAGCGGAUAGGGGUAGGCAGACACUGCCCUAGUAAUGCGGGCAGUGCAGCGAGUCGGAGGCGCCGUGCCGCUGCCACAUGCAGUGGCAGUGUGACACGGCAGGUGGUGGCGGCGCGACUCCCCGGCCUCGCUCGUUGCCCAACACGUAAAACCCAGUCUGUCAAUGUGUUUGUCGAUUACGAUGCAUUCAGUUUGCAUUUUACCGCGUAUCUAGUAUCGUAAUUUAUAAAAUAUUAUUGUAUCUAUUUGUCAUCUUCUUGUAUAUUAUUCAAGUCUAGUUUGAAUAUUGUUCAUAUUAUUAUUCCUCUUAGAAGGGAGCAUGCGGAGUCUCCUACUCGCCACGAGAUUGUGUACCCAUCUAAAUUGGUUACCGGGCUGUGGUGGGGGCGAGGGCGUGUGCGUGGGCGGAACCUGUUGAUAGCACAAACCACCCGCGCCCUUGGUCGCCCACGCCAGUUCCCGCCCGCACCAUAGGCCCUACAACCACACUCCGCAUGUCUCCCAACACUUGGAUUUAUUGUAUAUGUAAUGUAAACCUUUUCUCCUCUUUGUGUGUUGUAGCCUACUAGGUUUAACGCCACACUCCCACUCCGGCUGACGGGCCCUGCACGCCGCGUCACCCGCAGGCGUCACCAAAUCUGCCCACUACGCCCGUCUUGGUGCUUGGUUCACGCCGCCCGCUGCCCACCAGUGCCGUGCUCUCUACCCUGUCUCCCUCGCCUCGCACCCUCCCGUCUUUGCCUUCCUCGUAACGAGCAGUGGCAAAGGCUGGGUGAGUGGGUGGUGAGGGCGCUAGGGGUGGGAGGUCGGCCAUGGCGGGGGCGUGUUUACGUGCGUGCGUCCUGGAGGGAAGUUCUCUGGUGCCACGUUGUUUCGCAAGCUCUCACUCAAUCAUUCCAUGUUCUCUGUGUCUGUGUUUGUAUUGAGUCUAAACUGCAACUUGUUAACGACUUUGGGGGUCUAAUCCGAAUACCUCGACAACAAAUGAUGCAAUAAUGUCUUUUAUCCGACUCUUAUUGUAGAGUAGUCUAUAAAGAUUAUAAUAAAAGUCAUCCAAAGAGAAGUAGUGGUUUCAAAUCUAAAUUUUUAUUAUAAAAUGCCUUGGGACACCAUCUCUGGCACAACUAUUUUGUAAGUGUUACAGAUGAAUUUUUGAGCAAAUACCGCUGGGGAUGGUGACCCGAGCCUUGGCCGUAUGUUUCCACACCCGCCAAUUCUUGAUUUGCCACGUGAAGUACAUAAUGAUAGUGUCGGGCAGCCGCCAGUAGCGCGCCGCCUGGCACGGGUGUAGGCCGCGCGCGGCCGCUGGGUGCGAGGCCUCGUGCCCUGGUCGCCGCGGUCACCAGCCACCUCACGCAGCCACCUUUACUUUUCUGCUCGUUAAGUCAGGCAGGACUUUGUUGGUGUUAGACUGGCCAUUCUAGUUAUAUAUGCAAUUGUUUACCAGCCCUGCCGUCACCAGUCCGUUGUGGUGGGGAACACAGGCGGCCUCACCUAGCCUCCCGGCGGCGUCACUGCACCACCUGUUGUUGACCCGUCCUAUUCCCACCCACUGGGCAUGUCCUGGUGUAGGUAGGAGUGAGGGCGGGCGGCGGCCUACAUCGGCCGCUUAUCUUGGCUCGGGGGCCUGACUACCACUGGCCCGGGCUGACUCAGUUGCCGCCUGUAGGCGCCACUUUGGUUGUUGUGUUGCCCCCGAGUGGACGGCAGCACCUUGCCGCCCACAACCUGCCCCGCCACAUGUCAUGGAAUGGCCACCUCCUUCUGUACUGUUCUGCUUCUGUAGAGUGCCGCCGCUAGGUGUCUGUGUGUAUGGUUUACAUUACCUCCGGGCGUCGUACGCGCUGCGCCCCGCCCCGGCACCCACUACCACCACCCACGACCGCGCCGCCCCACACAGGGCCACGCACACGGGCGGGGACAGCAGAGCACCCACACCCGGGUUUUGUCUCCUGACAUCUUUAGCACGUAAGACUUUUCUCCUGAUAAUUAUCAUUCUUCUUAUUUAGAGUAAUAAUCCGAUAUACAGGCAUAUAGUAUGAGCGCUUCUGUAUAAGUUACCGUAGUAUAACUAUUAAUAUUAUUAUAUUUAAUGUGUCAUUAGUCUAUCUGUUUGCUUGUUUAACUUGUCGAGUGUAGAGCCAUGGGUUGGAUUUUGGUUAUUUUGGUCACAUGUCGCAAAGGAAAUUAAGAGAAAAUCCAGAUGACAUAUUUGUAAUUUGAGAUAUGAUGUAAGAAAUAAUUUUAGCAGAGCCUACGAGGACCCCCCGAGACAGCCCGCCCAAGCGGCCACGAAGGUAUCAUACUGCUGCCCUACGCCCACAACUGGAAUGGCCAAACUCUCUCCCAUCGACUUUGGUUUGAAUACUGUACUGCUCGUAUUAUCCAAGUACUUAAUCAUUGGUUUUGUCGUGUAUUUGUGUUCCAAGCAGUCUUAGACACUAAACCAAGUUGUAGAUGAUAAGUUCUUUGCCAGUUCAUGUAAGUUCCCCCUUCAAUUUUCGCUGGGAUCCGGUCUCCGUUUUCUUUGAGUUGUCAGUCGCUCUUGGAGGCGCGCCGACCGGCCGAGCCUCUCCUGUCCCUAUGUCUCCUCCACUUCCUCACCCACCCUUUCUUUCUUUUUUACUUCCAUCACUUUCUAUUUGUCAAAUACCUAUUAACACACCCCCAACACCCUCCCCCGCCCUUCUCCUGACCCCCCUAUCCUAGUCCUCCCCAGGUCCCACCUUCCCCUUUUCCUUCCCUGCAAGGUGCCCCAAACUUUGCUCUGCAGCCCAAAAUGCCACCACCACCCGCGUUCUUCUUGCCCUCAUGUUUCCUGUCACUCGUAAUGAGGCAAUUGUGAUUUUGGCAAGGACCUGAACAAUUAACCAAAAAGUUGAGCAGGGAGCUUUCCACGGCUGUUUAUUUAUUUACCGAUGUUUUAGGCCAGGAGGGCUGGCGCACUGAGGGUGGUGGCUGGCCGGGAGGACCUAGCCAUUAACAACCCUCCCAUACAGGUGGUCUUAACCAACACGCACUCCGCUUAAUACUCAUCCUGGCUGCCACAUCCUACAUUUGUCACAAGUUGGCUAACCAAUAAAAUCAUAAACGCCAAAAUUAAGCCUCAAACGGUGCAAUAAAACAUGUGAUAUUGGCUUGAUGGUAAACCCUCUUUAUUUAUGUUAGUAAGACGGCCGCUCCGCCCCCACAGCCCGCCCCCAGCUGCGCCACCCCAGCCGGACAAGCCCCUGACCAAUUUUUGUACACAGCGAUGCAGAUCGAUCUUGUUGUCGUUUCCAAAGGUAGUUUUGGUUGUAUUGCAAUAUUUGUACUUUUCCAUGUUGAAACCUUAAACAAUAAAUUAUUGCAAGACAUGUU